GAUCUUACUCUUCAGGAUUCUUACUGAUAGCGGGUGCUUCGGCGGCACAUUUUCUGGUCGAGUUUCUGUAUGUAACCUUUCUAUUCUGAUUCUAUGAUAUAUUACAAAUUUAAAUUUGAACCGUUCGAUCAUAUCCAACGGCCACCACUAUUCCAUACUAGUGAAUACAGCCUAACUUAAUCACAGGAGAGCCAAGUCCCCUCUACAAACAGAACCUCUCCUCUUCAUCUUCGUCUUCUACCUCUGCGCCUCCAAACUCCCUCAUCCGCACCUUCAACAGCUUCCUUCUCCAUUUUCUUCACCUGUUUCAAACAACAUACACGGCUCUCUUAUUUUUCUCUUCACCCUAAUUUUCAUUUCACAGAAACAGAACACAAAUCUCUCAAUUGCUCAUUUUCGUUUGCGCAUUUUUUCAAACACAUGGUGGGUCUCACCCAUCACACCAAACAAUGCUCUCACUCUUAUUCAACCUCAAAAACCACAUCCAAACUCAAAAACUCCCCAACAAAACAACCUCGUACCUACUUUCCUCCACACUCAACCACUUCACAACUCAAUCAAAAUCACACUCACAUGUUCCAACACUUCAAAACAACAACAACAUAGACAAAAUCGCAAGAAUCAUCAAUGAUCACCCAUUCCCUGAUAAACCACUUCACCCAACCCUCCUCAUUCAUUUCCCUCAAUCAACAACAAUCCCCACUUCAUUCGUCGAAAACGUUCUUGCUCGAUUAUUCGCCUCUCAUUCCAAUGGCCUCAAGGCAUUGGAGUUUUUCAAUUUCACCAUCAACAAUCCUCACUCCAGCCCGUCGCCUUCUUCGCUCGAAAUCACCCUCCACAUCCUUACUCGAAUGCGGUACUUUGAUAAAGCUUGGAGCUUGUUGCAACGAAUUGCGAAAACACACCCGCAUUUGCUUACUCAUAAGUCAAUGAGCAUUAUGCUAUCCAAAAUUGCGAAAUUUCAAUCUUUUGAGGAGACCCUUGAUGGGUUUAGGAGAAUGGAAGAGAAUGUGUUUGUUGGUAGAGAAUUUGGAACUGAUGAGUUCAAUGUGCUUCUUAAAGCUUUUUGCACACAGAGGCAAAUGAAGGAGGCUAGGUCGGUUUUUGUGAAGUUUGUGCAUAGGUUUAAGGCGAGUACUAAGAGUAUGAAUAUUUUGUUGUUAGGUUUUAAAGAAUCGGGCGAUGUUACUUCUGUUGAGUUGUUUUAUCAUGAAAUGGUGAAGCGUGGGUUUAGUCCGGAUAGUGUGACUUAUAAUAUUAGGAUUGAUGCUUAUUGUAAGAAAGGUCGAUUUGGCGAUGGCUUGAGGCUUUUGGAGGAGAUGGAGAGUAAGGAGUUUGUUCCUUCGGUUGAAACGAUAACUACGUUGAUUCAUGGGGCGGGGUUGGUUCAAAACACGGGCAAGGCGUGGCAGUUGUUUAAUGAGAUUCCUUUGAGAAACUUGGUUGUUGAUUCAUGUGCUUAUAAUGCUUUAAUUACAACGUUGGUUAGAAAUAGAGAUACCGUGUCUGCACUUUCGUUGAUGGAUGAGAUGAUUGAAAAACAAAUUGAGCCGGAUGGUGUAACUUAUCAUACAAUGUUUAUAGGAUUAAUGAGGUCGAGAGGGAUUGAAGGUGUGUCUGAGCUUUAUUUGAAGAUGACACAGAGGAAUUUUGUUCCGAAAACAAGGACAGUUGUGAUGCUGAUGAAAUACUUUUGUCAAAAUCGUCAGCUCGAUUUGAGUUUAAGUUUAUGGAAUUACCUUGUGGAGAAAGGGCAUUGUCCUCAUUCUCAUGCUUUAGAUCUUUUGGUAACUGCUUUAUGCUCAAGGGGUUUGGUUCAUGAGGCUUUUUUGUGCUCCAAACAAACAUUGGAGAGAGGAAGAUAUAUGAGUUCUACAGCAUUUCUAAUGUUGGAGAGGUUUUUGAAGCAAUCGCGCGAAAUGGACAAAUUAAAGGAGCUUGACCAGAUGAUUAAGAAAUUGCAAAGCGUCUUGCCACCAUCUAGAGGACAUGCCACUGGUAUUUCUAACGGUAUUUCUAACUCCAAGGUUAUAAUGUAGCAUCUAUUUCUAACUCCAAGGUUAUAAUGUAGCAUCCUUUUCAUUUCAAAUACAAAUUAUGUUGCCACCAGCUUUUGGUGAAUUUUUUCCCGUAUAGUAAUAUGUGUAAUUCUUUAACUUAUGAUUGAAUGAAUAGGUACUUCAUUAUAGCCUCAAGUGACAACGCUAACGCGGUUUCAUUUUUUUCUAGCCAUCUAAAUAUUUUUGUUUAUUUGCUUUGUGCUAGUGAUUUAUUGUUAAAUCUAUUCCAUUCAUGAUAUCAUUUAGGGCCUAUUUAGAUUAACAUCUUUGAGUUUAUUUACGAACUUAAAUACUUGUAAGAUAGUUUCAAAGACUUUGUAGAAAUAGUUUAUGACAUAUCCAUAAGCUGUAUGUAGCUUAUUUCCAUAACUUCUUUCAGAUAACUUAUGAGAACAGUUUAUAGUUUAUAUAGUAACAGUUUUACUUUAUUUUAUCUUUUGUUAUAUUAAUAGCUUAUACUUAAACCCUUAUAUGAAUUGCACUUAUACUAGAAGCGUUUAUGCAAUAAGUACUUAAGUAAGUUGUUUAUCCAAACAUAUUAGAAGCGUUUAUGCAAUAAGCACUUAAUAAACUAGGUAGCUUACAACAAAUUAGAGGAUAAAACUAAUUGUCUAGACAGAGAAGUCCCUCAAUUAUAACAAAACUCUUCAUUCAAACUUCAAAGUUCAAAGGUCAUUUUAAAAGGGUUCUUGUCAAAUGCUCUCUAGCUGAAGCCCAUGCUUGAGUUAGUGUCUGCAAUAUGAAAAGUUAUGUCAGGCCGAAGUUCAAUAUAAAAUGAUAUGUUUACCAUAAAAUCUAACCGUCAAAACUCCGUGUUAGUUUGACACUGGUAAUAGUUUGAGAAAAUAGAAGUGAAUGUAUGCAAUCACCAGUGUCCAUGUCGUUUGCUUAAAAAAAUGUUAGUAUCAUGCUGUUGGCAGGUCAAACACGUAUUCAAUCUGAAGUGUCAUUAGCACGUUACUGACAUAAAGUAAACUGAAAAAUUGUUGCUCUACCUGCUCAGACAAUGGAGAGUCAGCGUCGAUGUUAUGGGAGGUAACUUUUUCAGCAAUAAGCGGUCCAUUUGUUUCGAGUAUCAUCCUUCAAGGGAGGAAAUAUCUAUGUUUACAAACGAAUAGAACUCGUAAAAGUAACAAAAUGCGAUUAAAAACAAAUGCAUACCCUCCAUCAACAAUCUCAUCAAGGCAUAAAAGAAUGAGAUCCAAGUUCUCAAGUGCUUCUCUUUUGUCAACAUUAUUCCUAUAAACGAUAAAAAACAAUAAUACAAAAAUAGAAGUAUGAUGAGUGAAGUUGCAUCCAUAUUUGACAUCAAGAUAUAUAAUUACAACUAAAAUACCUCAACAGAAGGGUGAUUGCAUCAUAGAGUCCCUGAAGAACUGAAGCUAAAACAAUCUCGUUUUCAUCGUCGCUGCCAGUGACAAAGAAAUGCAGGUCUUGUACAAACUUGUAAAUAAUGAUAUUGUCGUCAAGCAAUGUUAUCUCAGCUGUAGAUAAUGCCAAACGACAUAUCAGCUACAAACUUGUAAAUAAUGAUAUAUUGUGAUCUGUGUUAAACUCUGCAAUGUAAUGUUUACCUUCUGUGCGAGCAUUUGUUUUAAGAGUUUUGGUGAACACGAACUUCUCAAAAGCUAGUUUUGAACUGUUUGUUGGCCAGUCAUCUGAAAAAUACUUUACUGCAACCCUCUUUCCCUCUGAGUCUAACAGAAGGAUAUUCUUUAUCAUAGGACAUGAACCCUACAAAUCAAACAGUAUACCAACAAGCCAAAAAAAAGUGUCAUAAUGAUGAUACUUAUGGUCAAUUGAUGUUUAUUCUGUGAUGAAAAUUUAGUUAUAGAUUUAUCAAUUGAUGCUAUAGUUUACAAGCAAUAAUCAAACAGAUCCAACAUUGAAAUAAACAUUGAUGAUUAUGUAGCACCAACACCUUUGAAAAAAAUGUGUAUGAGUCUGUUCGGUGUCUGAAACCAACACCGACCCUUGUGAUUAUGUUUAUUCUAUUCACUUUUUAAAAUUAUUAUCGGUGUUGGCGUGCCUGUGUCGGUGUUCGUGUUUCAUAGAUUGAUGAUUCAUUCAACUAGUAAUAACAAGCUAUACAUUGUAAUUUAAUUAAAAUCCAUAUGAUAGAAACCAUAGAAUGUUCAUAAUUGAAAAUGAAGAGAAAGAAAGAGAGAUACAUACAUGAGAUCCCAUUUUGGAGAAACUGUAAUUUAGUGACUUUGGAGAUGUAGAUGGAGGUAAAUCUUAAUGUGAUAAU